UUCUGCUUGCAGCCUUCUGUUGUACAACUUACUUCUUUCACUUGGGCCGAUAGAUUUCCAGUGAAAUGGCUGCACUAAUCAGGAGGAUUAUCAGCACAGCUAAAGCUCCUGCUGCUAUCGGUCCGUACAGCCAAGCAGUGGUGGUGGAUCGAACCAUGUAUAUUUCAGGACAGCUGGGAAUGGACCCUGCCAGUGGACAGCUGGUGGAAGGUGGUGUUCAGGCUCAAACCAGACAGGCUCUGGUGAAUAUGGCUGAAAUACUCAAGGCUGCUGGGUGUGGUUACACCAACGUUGUCAAAACCACAGUGCUCUUAGCCGAUAUGAACGACUUCACCAGUGUCAAUGACGUGUACAAGCAAUUCACUAUAAAGAGCUUGCUUGUUGAUAUAAAGGCAUGUCAGACAAGGACAACACUAUAA